CGUGAAAAGGGGGCGUGGUUUCGAAGUUUUGAGCACACCAUGUAAUGUUUCCACCAUGCAUUAAAGAAAAGAAGAAGAAGAAUACUUCAUGAUCUCGACUGAUGACAUUUCAAAAUGCCGAUCUCGGCACUGGACGUAAGAACGGUAAAACUAAUUACCACCACGCAAAUAAUAACGUCCGUGUACGCUGUGGUGAAAGAAUUGAUAGAGAAUGCAAUCGACGCCGGUGCGGACAGUAUCGAGAUUAACGUUAUAGACAACGGUACAUCUUUAAUAGAAGUAAAGGACAAUGGUUAUGGCAUAUCUAAGGAAGAUGCGCCAUACAUGGCCUUACCUUCCUAUACGUCUAAAAUAUCAAAUUUUGAAGACUUAGAUGUGUUACAAACAUUUGGAUUCAGAGGAGAGGCGCUUAGUGCAGUGUGUGCAGUAGCAGAAGUUACCAUUGUGACAAAAACAGAGGAGGAUAAUGUUGGAACUUCAUAUACAAUGAAUUAUGAUGGACAAAUUGUAAACUGUGAAUCUUGCCAUAGAAGUACCGGUACUACAGUACAAGUAAGAAAUUUAUUUAAGCAAGUACCUGUGAGAAGACAAAUAAUUACAAAUGUGAAAAAAACAAAUCAAACAAUUAAAUUAGUGGAGACUCUGAUACAAUGCUUUGGGAUAUGUAAACCAAGCAUACGAAUUCAAUUUAGAGUGAAUAAUAAUGUUAUGUUUACAAAACCAAGUCUAAAUAAUAUCAAAGAAGCUGUGAAUCAUGUACUUGGCAGAAGCAUUAUGUCUAACAUGGAAUGGAUUGAGUUUAAGAAUGCAGAGCUUACUCUACAAUUAAUGUUGCCUUCAAAAAAGAUACAGGAUUUAUCAGAAAUUUCUCAUGCCAAUUUACACUAUAUUUUUAUAAACAAUAGGCCUAUUAGGCAUAAAGAUCUUGAAAAGCUAAUAAAUAGUCUGAUAUUAGAACAUUUUGAACAAGAGUCAUAUAAAAAGAAAAUGAUAUUUCUUGUGUGCCUUACUUUGAGUCCAAUGGAUAUUGAUGUUAAUCUAGAACCAAAUAAAGAUACAAUUUUUUUCAAAGAUCAGAGUAAAGUCCUUAAUGCUGUAGAUAAAUGUAUAAGAAAAUUUUAUGGACUUAAGUCUAUGGAGAUUGCUGAACAAAACGUGUCUAACGACACGUCUGUCUGUUAUGAGGAUUAUACAUCUAGUUUGAAUGAAAGUGUUGCUGACAUUGAAGUGCCUGCAUGUAAAAAACGAAAAAUACAUGCUCAGGAGAGAGUUGUUCAAGAAGAUAUCAAAGAGAAGUCAUUAGUUAGUAAUAACAGUAAUGGAUAUAGAAAAUCUCCUCAAAAUGAGGAACAGAAUAAUAAUCAGAAUCAUGAACAGAAACAUUAUGGAAAUGCAUUGACUCUAACAACCCACGUACCACCACCUAAUUUGAGUGAUUCUGAUUCAAAUGAUACUUUUCCUACAAUUUCGAUUAAAAAAAAGGAAUUAGUGUAUAGAAUAUUACAGAUAAAUAUAAAUAUAAAUUACAGAGCAGAAGAAAGAUUAACUUUAAGCCAACUACCUGUAGUAGACCUUGGUGAAGAUUUUGACUUGUUAGAAGAAAUUGGAAAUUGUAAUAUUUCCAUGAACAAGAACGAAAAUAAAGGAAUGGACGUCCAAGAAAAAAAGGAAGUUACAUUGGAGGCAUGGAGUAAGGGACAUGUUACAGGACUUAAGGGUGGUACAGAUAUAAAAUUGGAUAUUGCCAUUGAUAAAUCAAAUGAUAACUUCAAUAAUAAAAAUGAUGAAAUUAUUCUGGAAUCAAAUAGAGCACAUGUGGAUCAUAAAGAUCUUAAAUUUUUAAAAUACGUUAGAUUACAAGUUGCAAAGGAAAAUCCUUCAUUAACAGCAGCCCAAACUGCAAGAAAAAUUACCGACUUCUGGAAGCAACUGUCGUCCGAAGAACGUGGUUAUUACCGUGAUAUUACAAAGAAAGAAGAAAAGGAACAUUGGAGACGUAAUAAAGCCGAGGAAAAAGUCGAUGCGGACGAAGUAGGCUUAGGGAAAAAUAAGAACAGACUGUUACAGCUGUUUGAGAAAAUGAAAAAUACGAGGAACGAGAAGACAGAAAAAUUAAAUAUGAGGACGAUAGUACCUUGGAUCAUCGACAGAGCUAAGAUAAUUACAAGAUCAGGUUUUGACAGUGAGCAUAUAAUAGGCCAAUUGACAUCUAACUUAUGGGUUGCAACAAUUUGCGAACAGAUAUGGAUCGUAGAUAUUGCUGGUCUAAUCGAAGGUUUGAAAGUUACCGAUGUCGUAGAUAAGAUCGAUGCCAAGAGGAUUGAACAUCUUCUCAAGCAGUGGUUAAUGGAACGAGAUGAUAUGUCAGUAAUGCAUUCUAUAUACGAAUUUCCGAAAAAAGUAUAGAUACUCGUAUUAUUAUUGCAAUUGUAAGAUAUUCUUUUAAGUUGUUUUUUAACAUUUUAACGUCACAUUUUAUGUACAAUAUGUUUAAUAAGUAAAAUUUUGAAUUUUAAUUAAGGUAAAAAUAUGUAUUAGGUUGUUUCAUAAGUUCUUGGGAUUUUUUAGAACUUUCUUUAUUUACAAUAAUUAAACGAAACUUCUUACUCCUUCGUCGGACUAGUUGUUAUCGCAUUGGGAUAAGUUGUUAAUAAGAAAUAAGAGUUAACCUUUAACGAAAUAUUUCAUUUUUUAAUAAAAUAAUACAAUUUUAUAAUUUAUUUAUUAAUUUUCUAUUAUCGCACAUUUAUACGCUAAUUUUCUUCUUGCGGUAAAAGACCAAAAUAGAUCGAGGAACAUUUUAAAAAAUAUUUAUGACUUUUUCUUGUUUCUCAUUAAAAACUAACGUUACUUUUUUGAUAAUGAAGUAUGCAGUGUCGAAUAUGUUCUUUUUCGAUCUUCAUUUGGAGUCAAAUUAAAAAUAUAUUUUGUUAACAACUUCUAAUAUCUAUUUCUACUGACGUAGAUUAACUUUAAUCCAGGUUUAACUUACUUUGUAUCUUUUUCUACUUUUAAGAAUUAGAAAAAGAUAAAAA